AUGAGCUCCUGUUGGGCGUCGGACGACGGAAAGAAUAUGCCGGUAGUUUUAUUACCAUCGAUAUUCAUUUUGGCGGCCACGAGUGUGGCGUACGCCCGACGGGCGGCCCGACGGCGCUGUAGAAAAACACAGCAAACGGCCUCCGAUUUGACAAAACCAUCGGCCGACUGGUCGAGCACUGCAGACACCCCCCGCGCCGAACACACGCCCGACUCCUGUGUCACUUGCAUUACGAACGGCUCGAACACCAUUUGGUUGGCUGCGAUCAAUAACUUCGGUAUAGGGGGUGCGAACGCACACGUAUUGCUCGAACCCAACCCUAAAGUGGGAACCAGUGAUGGACUGAAAAUCGCGGAAACGAUUCCCAGAAUUGUUAACAUUUGCGGCCGAACUGACGAUGCGGUCAAUUAUGUCAUGGAUUUUAUACAAAACAAUCCAAAGCGAGUGACGAAUGAGUUUUUGGCACUUUUGGCGCAGACUAUGAAAUACACGCCUAAUGUUAACUCAUCGGGAAUGCCAUACAGAGGUUCGCUUAUAAUAACGAAAAUUUUGGAUAAAAACAAUGAAACAAAUUACGAAUACAAGAGACAGUUGGGAGUAAUGAAAAGCAAAAAUACAAGACCCCUAUGGCUACUAUUCCCGGGUUUGGGCGGCCAGUGGUCGGCGAUGGCUAAGGCUUUGAUGCCAAUCAAGAUAUUCGCCGAUAAAGUGGAAGAAUGCCAUCAAAUACUCAAUGAGUUUGGCAUCGAUUUGAAACACAUGUUAUUAUCCGACGACAAGACAGCGAUGUCUACAAUGACCGCAAAGUUCUGUUCGACGACUGCUAUAGAGAUAGCGUUGUUUGAAGUGAUGAAAGCGCUGGACAUCACACCCGACGGCAUAAUUGGCCACUCGUUUGGAGAGAUAAAACGGCGAUCGUCCAUAGCCUGCGCUUACGCUGACGGGUGUCUCGACACAAGGGAAGCGAUGGUUGUGACGUCCAUACGAGGGAUUGUCACCGAAAAUACUAAGAAUAUACCUAAAGGUCUGAUGGCUGUCGUCGGUCUACCGGUGGCCGACUGUCAGCAGUUGUUACCGAACGGCGUGUAUAUCGCCUGUAAUAACGCUAAGGACAGUGUUGUUAUAUCUGGACUGGAAAAUGAGAUGAAAGAGACAAUGAAAGCGUUGUCCGCGAAGCGUAUAUUUGUUCGCCAAUUAGAGAGCAGUAAUAUUGCCUAUCAUUCAAAAUACAUCGAAACCUGUGGCCAACCGUUGGCGGAGGCCAUCAAUAAACACAUACCGGAGCCGAAGCCGCGAUCGACGAAAUGGUUGUCCACAUCGCUCAUGGUAUCUGAGCUGACGGACCAUAGGCUAAAGUGCGCUUCGGGCGAGUACUUUGCCUAUAAUUUGGUUAACCCUGUACAGUUUUAUGAUCGGAUUAAACAAUUGCCCGCCGACGCCAUUGUACUAGAGUUGGGUCCGCACUCACUGUUUGGCAAAAUAGCGACCGAAACGCUCGGGCAGUGCUCUUACGUGUCGCUCAUCAAAAAGGACUCAAACGAUACAAAUAUGGAUCGUUUUCUACGAUCAUUGGCCACACUCUACGAGUUGGGCGUCAAUCUGUCGGUCGAGCGGCUGUACCCGCGCGUGGAGUGGCCGGUGGCCAGGAAUACGCCGGCGAUUAACUCACUCAUCAAAUGGGAUCACCGAAAGCCGAUCCGCGACCGCAUAUUCCCGGAGCGCUGGAGUCGCCGAAACGGCGCCGACGCCAACGUUGAGAUCAAUUGCUCGGCAAAUGAUUACCACUUUUAUUUGGACCACUCGGUCGACGGUCAGCCUAUAUUGCCGGCCACCGGGUAUUUGCUGCUGGCGUGGCGUAAAUUGGCCUACGACCAGGGCAAAUUGUGGCACCAGGUGCCCGUAGUAUUUGAGAAUGUUCAGUUCAAAAGGGCCGUGUUUUUGAACGAGGACAGUACCACCAAACUUACUGUCAAAUAUUUUCCAUUAACCGGCGACUUUUGUAUCUACGAGAACGACAACGUAUGCGUUUCGGGCAAAAUGCGUGCGCCGGCCGACGACGACGCGCUCACCGCACAGCACACCCUAUUGGACGGCGAGCCGCGACUAUUGGGCGCCCAAUACUCGCUCCAGACUCACGACAUAUACACGGAGUUACGUAUUAUUGGCUUAGAGUACGGGCCGGCGUUUCAACGGCUGCGACGGGUUGGCACCGACGACUAUCGGGUGUUUUACGGCCGCUGCCAAUGGGACGGCAACUUUGUCACUUAUAUGGACGCCCUGUUACAGUCGCGAGCCCUGUCGGUGCCGUUUCGCAAAAUGCUGUUACCGGUGCUCAUCCGGAAACUAACUGUCGACCCGCGCGUUAUGUUUGACGCUUUCAAUCGCAAUAAGUGCGGUGAGGAGGGGGUGAAGCGCGUGGAGGGGGUGUCGCCUACCGGCGCCCAUAUCGCCUCAAAUCCGAGUAAAGUAAACAUCGAUGUCGAUAACGAAAUGGGCGAACUCGGGUUGUAUACCAACGACCAAACGGUGCCUAUAGUGUCGGCGCCGGCACUCGACACAGCGAAGGCCCGUUUCAAUCACCGGUUCUCUCAAUACAAGUCCGAAAUAACGUUUUAUUACAACUCAGAGACCAAACAAUUGGUGGCGCCGGGCGUUGAGCUCGAAGAGGUGAUUGUGGCGCCCGUUGCCCGCCGUCACGACACCACUGGUCUCGUGUUAGACACCGACGAGUUUUACGCCAACGAUGACAAUCAUGCAAUAGAUCAUUGCCUAUCAGCCGCUAUGGCUAAAUAUUUACAGGUUUGCAAAUCACUGGCUGUGAAAGUAAAACAAUUGGGUUUCGCAGAAAUGAAAUGUGAUUUCAAUUACGAUAACUUAGGCGAAGAAGUGAUACAAGAAUUUCGCAAAGAAUGUAACGAAAAUCACGUUAUGUUUCGUACGUUUGAUAAAAUACUAACAGAAGUUAUGGACAAAAAUCGUAACAAAAUUAAUAGCAAAAAAGUGCAAAACAUUAUGAAUGAAAUACAAAUAAAUAGUGAAUACGAUAUGAGUAAAGAUGUGGUCAAUCAGAUCCAGAGGAAUGAGCGUAUGAUCAGAGCGUUGGUCGAAAUUUUUUCUGGCCAAAAGGUCAAUCAGAUCCAGAGGAAUGAGCGUAUGAUCAGAGCGUUGGUCGAAAUUCAAUGGUUUGGUGUAUUGCAAGCAAAACAGACCGCACGUAUAGAUGCGGAUAAAACGAUGGAUACGGUAUGGCUUUUGGCUCAGGACUCGUCAAUCAAUGGUAUCAUUGGUUUAAUGAAUUGUUUGCGAUUAGAACCGGGAGGAAAAAAGUUCCGAUAUAUAUUCAAUAUGGACACCAAUAGCGACAACAAUGUCAUUGACUUCAAUAGCAAACCCUAUUCCGAUAUAUUGGCCAACGAUUUAGCCGCCAAUGUUAUCAAAGAGGGAAAAUUGGGAACUUAUAGACACUUUAAAGUGGUCGCAGACUAUGAUAAAUGUGUGUCAAAUGAUUAUUAUCUAAACUCAGGGGCGAAGAAAGACUUGACGGGAAUUGAAUGGUUUGAUUCCCGGAAAAUACCCGAAAUUAAAACUUUCUAUACGUCUGAUAAUAAAGAGGUUCGCAAAACACGUGUUGAGAUAUAUUGCGCCGGCAUUUCAUUUCACGAAGUGAUGCUCGCUUCUGGUCGUAUAACCCCCGGAGCGGAGCAACUGUUCACCGAUUGUGUGAUGGGCUGCGAAUACGUGGGCCGACGCGUGGAUACCGGAGAACGGGUGAUGGGAAUCGAUACUCACCGUACGUUCGCCACAUCAGUGAACGCAAACAUUCAUAGCAUGACCACAAUUCCCGAGCACUGGUCGAUGGCAGAGGCGGCCACUAUAGUGGGCACAUAUUGUACAGUGUAUUACGCGCUCAUCAAAAGGGCUAAUCUUAAACAA